GCCUCUGGUGGUUAUUAAGUGCUAUACGGCUUUAGGAAGAGUCGUGGAUAUUUUGGGUGCAAAGAUAAGUGUGGCAGAAUAUUGCUUAUGCUUUCGAGAGGUGUGAGUUGCUGAAUUAUGGAGAGGAAAAAGACAGACUGCCCUGCUCUUCCACCAGGAUGGAAAAAAGAAGAAGUGAUCCGGAAGUCAGGACUUAGCGCUGGAAAAAGUGAUAUUUAUUAUUACAGUCCAAGUGGUAAGAAGUUUCGAAGUAAGCCGCAAUUGGCAAGGUACUUGGGAAACACAAUAGACCUCAGCAGUUUUGAUUUCCGAACUGGAAAGAUGAUGCCCAGUAAACUGCAGAAGAACAAACAGAGACUAAGAAAUGAUGCUUACAGUCACACUAAGGGGAAGUCUGAUUUGAACACAGCAUUGCCUAUUCGGCAAACAGCAUCCAUAUUCAAGCAGCCAGUUACCAAAGUUACAAAUCAUCCGAGUAAUAAUGUUAAAUCGGAUCCACAGAGAAUAAGUGAGCAACCACGUCAGCUUUUCUGGGAAAAACGGCUGCAGGGUUUAAGUGCUUCUGAUGUAACUGAACAAAGUCUUAAAACUAUGGAAUUGCCUAUAGGCCUGCAAGGUAUUGGCCCUGGUAGCACAGAUGAAGCUUUGUUGUCUGCAAUUGUGAGCGCUUUGCACAACAGUUCUGCACCAAUCACAGGACAGCAUUCUGCAGCUGUUGAGAAGAACCCAGCAGUAUGGCUUAAUACAUCACAGCCUCUUUGUAAAGGCUUCACCAUUACAGAUGAUGACAUCAAAAAGCAAGAAGAGCGGGUACAACAGGUACGAAGGAAGCUAGAAGAUGCUCUCAUGGCAGAUAUCCUGGCACGAGCCAGUGAACUAACAAGAGAGACUGAUAUGAACUAGGAAAGUGAAACAUACAAGGAUAAG